AUGUCGUACACUAGUCGAGUGAGCCAGAUCGCUGGCCACCUCAAUUACCCCAAGGGCCUGCUCGCAGGGCAAGUCGCUAUCAUCACCGGUUCUGGCCAGGGUAUCGGCGCGGAGACGGCGAAGCUGUUCGCGAACGAGGGCGCCAAAGUCGUGGUGUCGGAUCUCGACGGCAAAAAGGCACAGGAAGUGGCGCAACAGAUCAAUGAGAGCGGCGGCAGCGCCAUCGCCGUGCCCGGCGACAUGCUGGACGACAAGUACAUCGACGAGCUGGUCAAAAAGGCAGCAGAAUUUGGCAACGGAAAGAUCCAUAUCAUUGUUAACAACGCAGGAUUCACGUGGGACGGUGUCAUUCAUAAGACUACGGAUAAGCAGUGGGACACUAUUCUCGCGCUGCACAACACGGCGCCCUUCAAACUGGUCCGCGCGGCGGCGCCUUACUUCCGGGUCAAGGACGGCGAGCCGCGCAACAUCAUCAAUAUCUCGUCGACGUCGGGUCUGCACGGCAACGCGGGGCAGGCCAACUACGCGCUCGCGAAGGCGGGCGUCGUCGGCCUGUCUAAGACGAUCGCGAAAGAGUGGGGGCCUCAAUUCAACGUUCGUGCCAAUACGGUUGCCUUCGGGCACAUCCUCACCCGCUUGACGGCGGCGAAGGAGGACGGCGCCUUCGUCACCACACCCGACGGCAGCAAGGUCGCACUAGGCAUUCCCAAGGCUCAGGGCGCGGCGAAGGCUCAGGGCGGCUUCCCGGAUAUCCCGCUCGGCAGGCCUGGCACUGCGACAGAGGCGGCGAGUGCGAUCCUGGCCGUGGCGGGCCCGUUGUUUAGCUAUGUGAGCGGGCAGACCAUCUCAGUGACGGGCGGGAGAAAUAUAUAA